AUGCAAAAUCACAUUUGCGCCAACAACACUAGCACAGGUCAACCGAGUCAGAAUUAUCGAAAAUCUGAAGAUAUACUAGAAAAAGUUUGAAUCCAAAAGAUCCACAAUAUAGUGCUAUCGCUGCCAAGCCCACGGACAAACUUUGAUAAAUUGCAAUAAGAAGGUAGUCUGCGUUAAGUGUGCCAGGGCACACGACACUAAAGACUGUAACAAAGCACUGCAAGUACCUGCUACCUGUACAAACUGCAGAGGGAAUCAUCCAGUCAAUUACUUGAGAUGCCCAGCACUACUAGCAUUCCCAGUCAAGAAGAACAAAAUCUAA